GAACAUGGCUGGCAGCGCCUGGAGGUCACUGAUCUCUCGUGUGGCGGGGGCACUCACUGCACCAGAAUAUGGAGCCAGGCAGCUUUCUAACCAUGUGCAGACUGUCACUCUUAUACCAGGGGAUGGAAUUGGCCCAGAGAUUUCAACAGCUGUCAUGAAAAUUUUUGAGACUGCCAAAGCACCUGUACAGUGGGAAGAGAGAAAUGUCACAGCAAUUAAAGGCCCUGGUGGAAAGUGGAUGAUUCCUCCUGAAGCCAAAGAAUCCAUGGAUAAGAACAAGAUGGGCUUAAAAGGACCUUUAAAGACACCCAUUGCUGCUGGGCAUCCGUCCAUGAACUUGCUGCUCCGCAAGACAUUUGAUCUCUAUGCAAAUGUGCGACCCUGUGUUUCUAUUGAGGGCUACAGGACCCCAUACACAGAUGUAGACCUGGUCACAAUUCGUGAGAACACAGAGGGAGAAUAUAGUGGUAUCGAGCAUGUGAUUGUAGAUGGUGUGGUGCAAAGCAUUAAGCUGAUUACGGAGGAAGCCAGCCAUCGCAUUGCACAGUUUGCCUUUGAGUAUGCAAGGAACAACCAGAGAAGCACAGUGACUGCAGUGCACAAAGCUAAUAUUAUGAGGAUGUCUGAUGGGCUGUUCCUAAAAAAAUGUCGAGAAGUUGCAGAAAACUUUAAAGACAUUAAAUUUAAUGAAAUGUAUCUGGAUACCGUGUGUCUUAAUAUGGUCCAGGAUCCUACCCAGUUUGAUGUGUUAGUCAUGCCAAACCUUUAUGGUGACAUCUUGAGUGACCUUUGUGCAGGUUUAAUUGGAGGCCUGGGAGUGACGCCAAGUGGAAAUAUUGGUGCUAAUGGGGUAGCAAUCUUUGAAUCGGUUCAUGGCACAGCUCCAGAUAUUGCUGGAAAAGACUUGGCUAAUCCCACUGCUCUUCUUCUAAGCGCAGUCAUGAUGUUGCGGCACAUGGGUCUCCACGAACAUGCACGCAAAAUAGAAAAUGCUUGCUUUGAGACAAUCAAAUCUGGGAAGGCUCUGACUAAAGACUUGGGUGGUAACUCCAAGUGCUCUGAAUUUACCAAUGAAAUCUGUCGCAGAAUACAGGACAGUGAUUAGCUUUGCAUCUAUUGAUUUACUUCUGUCCAAAUGGUCAGCUGAAUUGACAAGCACAUAAUUUCCUGCUGUCUUUGAUAUGCAUCAGUGCUUCAUCUUCAUCCCAGCAAACCAAAAGCCCUGCUAUGCAUGGCAUGCUACCCAGUGUGUAUAGGCUUCUCUGGCAGUGCAAGAUUCCAGUGGGUAAACACGAGUGGAAUCUCAGAUUCAUAAUGCAGUGAUCAUCAAUUAGAAUCAAUGCAGCAAUGCUGAUUAGAAUCAAAGUUUAUACAUAUACUGACAGUCGUAUUUUUGUCAAUUACGCAGCUUUUACCAAGGCCAGUUUUGUGAUUUAUCCUUAUGGCAAGCAUUCCCUUUUUCAGCGCACACUGAAUUUGUUGUAUUUAAACAUGGAAUAUAUAUCCAUGGAUGUUCAUUUGCAUAACCAAACUUGUUCUAUCCUUAUAUAACAUUACUACUGUAACAAGAUAUGGUUUGUAUUACUGCUGCAGUUAGAACUGCUGCAGUAAAAAUAUUGGCUAUACAUGAGGUCUUUCAGUGGUUGCUCAUUAACUGGUGCCCAGCAGAGGAUGCUUGUUGUCAAGGAGCUAAACAACAUGCCAGAAUCCUGAAAUAACUGUUAUAAAUGUCAUGUUCAAGCCUUAAACAUUGUAAUUUAGAAUUUAUAUUUAUUUAUAAUUUCACUCCAUUUUUCCUGUGUUUUUUUUUUUCUUGCUAUUAUGCACUUUGUGUUUUGCAUUUUCAUUAAAUGUGCAAAGUCAAAGAGACAUUUGAAUGUCAAAAACCUGAUGCAGAUAAGUAUGUUUUGUUAUAGGAGAAAUAGUUAAUUGGUGACAGCUCAUAAAGCUUUUAUUUUUAAACCCGUUA